AUGAUAAACUUUUCCAUAACAGUGAAACAAUUACCUUUCCAGCAACAAAUAGUAAAAGUUACACACAAAAAUGCAGAUCUGUUGCAAGAACGUGACAAUUUAAAGAGAAAAUUGGAAACUUUAUCAGAGGAUGAAUCUAAAAGGUGUGAAGAAGUUGAGAAAGAAGUGAAUAGAAUGAAACACGCAUUGAAAGAAAAAGAAAACGCGUUGAAUAAAGAGAGAGCAGAAUUUAUGGAUAUGAUUUUGGAACUUACAAAUGUAAUUAAUAUACAAAAGAGACGAAUAUGUGAAAUAACUGGUAUAUGUAACAAUCAGCAACAUAGCAAGCUCGAAAGAGACAAAGAAUUAUCUCGGAAGAAUAUCGAGAUAUUAGAGAUGAAAAACAUGUUGCAAUCAAGUGAUUCCACUUUCAAAGAAAUGGAAGAAAGAAUACACCAUUUGCAAUAUUGUCUAUGCGAAGAGACAAAAAAUUGUAACCAGCUGAAAGAGGAAUUAGAAGCUCUCAGAGAAAAUCAUUUGUCGGAAUUGAGAAUAAAAGACAAAAUUGUAGAGGAGCAAAAUAAGACAAUUUCAAAGCAAAAGAAGUUGUUGCACGACAGCGAGGAAAUGGUUCAACAAGUUGCUUCUGAAUUCAAUGAACUUAAAGCUGAAUUACACAAGGAGAAAGAAAGGAACGAAUCUUUACGAACAACGCUGAACGAGACUGACAGUAAAUUAAACAAGGUAUACUUAUCACAAUGUGAAACGUGCAAAAGACUUACAGCUGAAAUAGAUUAUUUGAAAAAGGAGAAAGAGAAGGCAAUAAUAGUUGCGAAAUUUGCUUAUCAAAAGUUGCAUCUGUCUGUAAAAGAAUAUCAAAAAAGACUCAUUUGUGAGAGACAACGACACAGGUAUAUGUCACUAAUCAUUGAAAAAAGAGAACACGAGAUAGAAUGUUUAAGGAAUCAAAUAUGUCAAAAUAACAUGAGAGUUAUUUGA